AUGUCGCUUAUCCCGUUAAUUUGCGAGCACAGACUCGGUCGUAGACCUGAGGGGUAUCAGCUCGUUCCACACGAUUUUUUCAAGCCAUGGGAAAGUGUUUUCAAGCAGCUACAACAACUUACAACCGACAUGAACGAAUUGGGAUUGAAAGAUACUUCGAUUUCUUCGGACACCGAGAAAUUUCAAGUAAGUGUGGACGUACAGCAUUUCUCACCGGACGAAAUAAGCGUAAAAGUUGUUAACGGCUUCAUCAUCGUGGAAGGAAACCAUGAAGAGAGAAGAGAUGAACACGGAUUCGUCUCGAGAAAAUUCGUCCGCAGGUACCCAUUGCCAAAGGGAUGUUUGCCAGAUACUGUAAAAUCAAAACUAUCAUCGGAUGGUGUUUUAACCGUUAUCGCGCCAAAAAUCCUACCAAUGCCCUCAACAGGUGAACGCAUCGUGCCAAUUAUCCAAACUGGUCCUGUUAAAAAACAAAUAAGUGAA